GGGUGAUAUAAGGAAGUACUCCCCAGACAAAAUCAUUAUUUCUUAGGAAACAGCAGUUGACUGCAGUGCAAAAUGAAGAGCUCGGGCUCCUCCAUCUCAGACGAUGAUGAUUCAUUGUUUAAUGAAACAUCAACCAUAGGGCGAUCCGUAGUCUGUGUGAUCCUGGGCCUGUCGUUCCUGGUGGGGGUCCCGGGGAACCUGCUGGUGAUCUGGACCAUCCUCAGGCACGUCCAGCAGCGCUCCCACACCGUGGUGCUCAUCCUCCACCUGGCUGCUGCAGACCUGCUGGUGCUCAUCACCCUGCCCCUGUGGAUCUACUCCCUGGCCCGCUCCUGGGUGUUCGGGGAGGCAUCCUGUAAGGCCAUGGUGUACGUCAUCAACACCUGCAUGUACAGCAGCGUCUUCCUCAUCACCCUCAUGAGCGUCGAGCGCUUCCUUGUCAUCCUGUACCCGUUCAAGAUGUUGCGCUGGAAGACCAAGGCAAUUAUGGACAAGGCUCUAGUGGCUAUCUGGGUUCUGGCUUUCCUUUUAGGGAUCCCAUCCAUUCUUACCAGCUCUAUGGAUGAGAUCAAUGGGACUGAGCAGUGUCUUUUCAAGGAGUACAGCUCAGUGGCCCAAGAGGUGGUGUUCUUAUGCCUGGAGAUCUUGGUGGGCUUUGUGGUCCCCUUCUCCACUCUGGCUGUCUGUUACUGUCUAGUAGCAACACACCUGAGGACAAUGCAUUUCGGCAGCAGCAAACAGAAGUCGACAGUUCUGAUCAGUAGUGUGGUGGUAGCCUUCAUUCUCUGCUGGCUUCCUCACCAUGUCCUCAACACUGUAGACCUAGUCAGCAUCCUGGCAGAGGAUCCAGAUGAUGCUGUGCCUGUUUCAGUGGCCCAGACUGCAAUAGUGUUUAUCUCUGGAGCGCUGGCCUUCAUUAGUAGCUCUGUGAACCCUGUGUUCUAUUCCUUCGCUGCAAGGAACUUCCAGGGCAGUCUCCAGGAGUCCCGCAUGGUCAGGCUGUUCCAGGAACUCUCCUCACACACCUCCUCCAAGCUAAGGGGAUCUGGCAACACAAUAGGAUCUGGCAACACAAUAGGAUCGGAAAACACAAUGUCCUCAGUAAGGCCAGACUGCAACAAUACCACAGACAUAACUACCAUGUAGGACUACAGAGAUGGUGGCGCUGGAUAAGAGCAUUCUGGAUAAGUCGUUCUGGAUAAGAGUGGCUGCUAAAUGACUCAAAUGUCAAAUGAAAACUGUGACCUGAUCAUUGAUUCAGAUGUCAGCAUUGAUGAGAAAUAAAUAUGUCUAGAAUCUAGAAGUUUGAUUAACAGUUGUAUUUUUAUGAUCAUGGUACAAAAUGUAGAUAUUGUUGUGGUCCUUGUGAAAUACGGUGAGAAAAGCUCACACAAGUAAUUCAAUUGUGACUAUUUCAACACAAUAAAGCUAUUGCAUUUGCUCAUAAAGUGGUAUAAUUUAAAUAACAUUUAUUCAUGGUCAUGUUACAAUUCCUUGAAUAUUAUUUGAUUUAACCUUUAUUUUGUAUUUACAUUCAUGUUACAUAAAAUAACACACUGCCUUACUCUAUUUGAUCACAAUAAAGUUCACAAUAAAGUUCAUAUGACUUCAAUAAAAGUAAUUUGUGGUCAAUACAACUGUUUGAACUCUUAAAAUAUCUCAGAAGAUAUAUUUUUCCAGACAGUGCAACAAUAAGGACCCACUGGAUGACUCAGUGCUAUGUCUCUCACAGAAUGAUGGCUCUGUGAAAAACCAACCUCUUUCCUGUUCUCCUCAGCAAAGUUAAAGGGAAGUGAAAGCUUGCUGGUGCAGAUCUUUUUUCUGUCUGAGUAUGUACACCAGAUAGAAGGCACGUAAUGCGAGGUGAGGCAAGGCGAUCGGCAGCAUCAACCAGAACCGUUCGAUCAUCAGCUGUCUUCAGCUUCAGAGUCCACCAUGGCUCCUGAUGAGUUUCCUGGCGGGACAGUGGUGGCCUGUGUGAUCCUGGGCCUGUCGUUCCUGGUGGGUGUCCCGGGGAACCUGCUGGUGAUCUGGACCAUCCUUAGGCACGUCCAGCAGCGCUCCCACACCGUGGUGCUCAUCCUCCACCUGGCUGCUGCAGACCUGCUGGUGCUCAUAACCCUGCCCCUGUGGAUCUACUCCCUGGCCCGCUCCUGGGUGUUCGGGGAGGCAUCCUGUAAGGCCAUGGUGUACAUCAUCAACACCUGCAUGUACAGCAGCGUCUUCCUCAUCACCCUCAUGAGCGUCGAGCGCUUUGUAGCUGUGCGACACCCCUUUGCCUCAGCCGGAUGGAGGAGGAAGAAGGCCUUGAAUAAAGUUAUUCUUGUUCUGUGGGCUGCUGCGUUCCUAUUCAGCACCCCGGUCUUUCCCACCCAGGUGGUGGAGGGGGACCCUGGGGAGGAGCAUUGCCUGUACAGGGACUACACCUCAGACGGCCAGGAGGCUGUGUGUGUUCUACUGAGACGCUGGUGGGCUUUGCUGUCCCCUUUUGCAUUCUUGUGGUCUGCUACAGCUGUCUCUACAGCCGCAUCGCACAGAUUACCUUUAAGUCCAAGCGUAAGUCCAUGGGGUUGAUUGCAAGCAUGGUAGUGGUGUUCGCAUUAUGCUGGACCCCUCACCACGUCGGCAACGUGCUCUCCCUCGUCAUCCUCACCAUCAAGGGGUCCCACCGAGAGGCCGCAGCGCGUAUAGAGAGCGUCAGAACCACCAUGACUUUCAUUGCUGGAGCGCUCGUGUUCAUCAGUAGUUCGGUCAACCCUUUGCUCUAUGUGUUUGUGGCACGUACGUUCCGGAGUUCUCUGAGGGAGACAGGCAUUCAGAAAUUGUUCCGGCAUAUCUCAAGCACGGCUCCUGGAGAGGGGACUAAAGAACUGUCCUUUGUGACCAAGAGACCAAGCAUCUCUCAGACACAGAGCCACAGCUCCCAGUGUGUCACAGAGCCUAAGGAACAAAUGGAUGUACUUGUAAAUGUAUGUGAAAAUGUUUCUUCCUGAGAUUGAAAACAAUGUUUAUCAUAUGUUUUGAUAAAGAUUUUUGUGUGUAAAUUAAAUUACAAAGUUUGAUUUGUCA